GCUGCAACAUGGCGACUCUCCGAAGAGACUACGGAGAGUGGAGAUACAACCGUUUUUAAACUAUAUAGUUACGCCUCGUACAAUGUGGCGGGAUUAGCCCAAGCCUCGACAUCCACAACAUUGUAAACGAUGUUUGCAGAGGCCAGUCUGUCUGUGUGGGGAUGGGGGGGUCUAGGAGUGGUGCUGUUCCUCAUCACUUUCGGACCCUUCGCUAUCUUCUACCUGGCCUUCUAUAUCUGCUGCUUCGUAGGAGGUGGUUUUGCGGUCACUCUGUUGUUUGGGAAGACCAACUCAGAGAGACAUCUAGAGAAGUGUGAACACUCCUACCUUCCGGCCACGCAAACGGGUAUACUGAAGACGUUGGAUGAGCUGAGGUUGGCUCCGAAGCCUAUAAAGAUAGACAGGAGACUGACUGGCUCCAACUACAUAGACGAGCCUCUGCAACAGGUCAUCCUGUUUGCAUUGAGAGAUUAUAUCCAGUACUGGUAUUACGCUCUGAGUGAGGAUGAGUCUUUUCUGCUGGAAAUCAGACAGACUGUCCAGAACGCUCUGGUCCAGUUCUCUACACGGUCUAAAGAUGUAGACUGGCAGCCUUAUUUGACCACCAGACUGGUGGAUGACUUCGCUACUCACCUUCGAGUCUUCAGAAAGGCCCAAGACAGACUGGAGGGCAGGGAAGACAAUAAACAGAGGGACUUGUCGGAGGAGAUGGUGGAGUCGUUCUUUGAGGCGGAGGUGGAGAUGGAGAGGAACAUCUGUAGAGACGUGGUCUGCACCUCCCUGAAGGAUGAAGAAGGGUUCCUGAGGGAUCUGUGUGAGGUGCUGCUGUAUCUGUUACUACCUCCUGGAGACUUCCACAACAAGAACAUGAGAUAUUUCCUCAGGGAGAUUCUGGCGCAAGGCGUUCUCCUUCCACUGGUCAACCAGCUGAGUGAUCCUGAUUACGUCAACCAGUUUGUUAUCUGGAUGAUCCGGGACUCUAGCUGUAACUACGAGGCGUUUCUGAACGUCUUGAAGCUGACAGACAGAGUGUCUGAGCUGGAGGCUGUUAAAGACAAGGCUCUGGGAGAACUACAGUACCUACGAUCACUGGACACCGCAGGAGACGAUAUCAAUGUAAUAAAGAACCAGAUCAACAGUCUGUUGUUUGUGAAGAAGGUCUGUGAGACCAGGAUACAGAGGCUACAGUCUGGGAAGGAGGUGGAUGCUCUGAAACUAGCGGCUAACUUCGGCAAGCUGUGUAUUAUACCGCUGGAACACAUCCUUGUACACAACAUCGCCCUGCAGUUCUUUAUGGACUACAUGCUGGCGGCUGGGGCCCAGGCAGAGCUGUUCUUCUGGCUGACAGUGGAGGGCUACAGAGUAACAGCCCAGCAACAACUAGAGGUGAUGGAGGUACGGCAGAAGGAGGGAAAGAAGGGAGGAUCCACUAAAGGAUUGCUGAAGGCUGCAGCACUAGGGGUGUAUGAGCAGUACCUGUCUGAUAAGGCGUCCCCCAGGGUGCAGGUAGAGGAGGUGUCUGUUCUCAAACUGGGAGAGAAGCUACAGAAGGUCGGUGACCCCACGCCAGAGAUAUUCGACGACAUCCAGAGAAAGGUGUAUGACAUGAUGCUUCGUGAUGAGAGGUACUACCCUUCAUUCAAACAGAGUCCUCUCUACAUCAGGAUGUUAGCUGAGCUGGACAUGCUCAAAGAACCCUCCUAUAGAGGAUCAGAUGACGGAGACGGAGAAUCGUUCAACGGUUCUCCAACAGGAAGCAUUAAUCUAUCUCUGGAUGACCUGUCGAACUCCUGCCAUGACGACAAUAUACAGCUACACGCCUUCAUCUCUGAUACAGGGGUAUGUAAUGACCACGGAAAGACCUACGCCCUCUACGCCAUCACUGUGUUGCGCCGUAACCAUGACGGCAGCGAAGACUCCUGGAAGACCUACCGACGCUACUCUGACUUCCACGACUUUCACAUGAGGAUCACGGAGCAGUUUGAGAAUUUGACGUCGAUCCUGAAGCUGCCGGGGAAGAAGACGUUCAACAACAUGGACAGAGACUUCCUGGAAAAGAGAAAAAGAGACCUGAACUCGUACUUACAGCUGCUGCUGAAUCCAGAGAUGGUGAAGGCCUGUCCUACUCUGGUCCCAUACGUCUACGACUUCCUGGAGAAUAAACAGUACAGCAAGGGGAAGGGAGACUUCGCACGCAAGAUGGAUACGUUUGUGAACCCACUGCGUAGCUCGAUGCGUAACGUGUCCAUCGCUGUGAAGGGCCUGCCAGACAGUCUGGCUGAGGGUAUGAACAAGGCUGCUGACAACAUGGGACGCAUGUCUGAGAAGCUGGGACACGAACUCAAACAGUCCGUGUUCAAGGUGCCUCCACUGCUCCCCAAGUCUGACAUUGACCCAGAGCACUGCCGAGUCUCGGCCCAGCUGGACGACAACGUGGAUGAUAACAUCCCCCUGCGUGUGAUGCUGUUGCUGAUGGAUGAGGUGUUUGACCUGAAGGAGAGGAACCAGUGGCUCCGCAGGAACAUCAAGAACCUGCUGCAGCAGCUCAUCAGAGCCACAUACGGAGACACUAUCAACAGGAAGAUCGUGGAUCAUGUGGACUUCAUGACAGCUCCAGAACAGGUAGCAGACUACGUCAAGAAGUUCAGGGAUUCGUACUGGCCCAACGGAAUCCUGGCAGAGUCUCCACCCCGCCGGGACAAGAACAUCCGCAUGAGGACGCGGGUCGCCGCCAAGACCAACCUAUUGGGAAUCAUGCCAGAUGAGUUGAAGCACAUCAUCGGGGCGGAUACGACUCGUAAGGGCAUCCUGCGUGUGUUUGACAUGUUCCAACAUGGACCAAUGAACCGCCGGCUGGUCUACGUGCUCCUAGAAGGGUUCCUGGAGACCAUGUUCCCUCACUACAAGUUCCCUGAGCUGUUUGUCAAACUUCACUCUCGCUCGCCGCGCACAGCCAGAUACACACAGAAACUCAAGAGCACCUCCCUGAAGAGGUGACAGGAGACUGGGACUGGGCAGGCUACUGAGUGACACUCUGUCACACGGCGUGAGAGAAGAGAGGGAGGGGAGUUGUGGGGUUGAGAAGAGGUUAACGCGUGUGUUCUCAAGAAGGGAUUGUUGGACCGUCCUAGCUGUUAACUCUGUCCUGCUCUUCACUUCCCAUACGUGCCUCACACACCAACACGCUCCUGUAGCGAUAACAAACUGCUUUGGGUUUUAUUUUUUGGUUUCAUUUUUUUUUUUUACUUUUUUUUUUAUGCUAACUGUUUUUAUUGUAGAUGUGUGGUCAGAUUGGCAGAGCUGCUCUGAUAUGCCCAGCAGAUGAUCUCAGUUCCUGAUACCAGGCCAUGUCUAGAGAAACACAUGUACCGGUAUAUAAAUAGAUGGAUAGGAGAGGGAGGGGGAUAGAGGAUGCCAUGGGUAGUGAGACAGAAAGCGUGAAGGGAAGUGUCAAGGCGUUUGUUUUCACGUUUUUUUUUUAAUGUGACAUCAUCAUCCUGCCAUAAUCCUCUAGGACACGAGGAGGCUGGGUUUGGCCUGAAGGCCACUCCCCCUUUUCUAAUGCGCACAUCAGUAACCAUGACAACCAACUCUCUAACUGUUGCUUGUGUUUGACAGGGAUGAUUGACAGCUCUACUGUGCUUCAUGUUAAUCAUGUGAAGAAAAAAAACAGAAACCAGAAUGCACAGCUCCCCUGCUGGUGAGGCCUGGGUAAAUCUGAAAUGGCUCAUUCUAAUGCACUGCUUUCGGACAGACAGAGGCUAAUGGUAGUACUCUGCAUUUUGGGAAUGUGGUGCCUAUUUGGACGGAGACAGAAUGAAAUGACAGGCCAGACUGUGAAUGCUGCUGUCUGUAGAAGCAGCUGUCUAUCAAGUAGAAUGUACUCGCUGGGCCUGUCUGUCUGCGUUUGGUGUUUGAGAGUGUGUGUGUGUGUGUGUUUGAGAGUGUGUGUGUUUGAGUGUGUGUGUGUGUUUUGAGAGAGCGUGUG